UACAUUUUCAUCAACUUUCACUGACUGUGACAGUGACAUGAGCAACUAAAACUCCAGUAAAAGUCAUUCAGGCAGCAACUGACACGCGAUGGACCGCCUUACCAUCUUUUGUCAGCUCCUGUUUUUAUGUUUUAAUCCAACGGCAGCCACCAGCCUCAUUACAGCGGAUGUAUUGGAAGCUAGAGGUCAGCGUGUGUGCAAGGCAGGCAAAGGCAGGCCGUGUUACAAGCUGGCCUACUUCUCUGAGCUGCGGCGGAGGUUGAACUUUGGGGAGGCUGAGCUGGCGUGUCGCCGGGAUGGUGGGCAGCUGUUGAGCGUGGCGUCUGCGUCCGAGCAGAAGCUCAUCGAGCAGCUCAUCACGGACCUGCGGCCUACCGAUGGAGAUUUCUGGAUUGGGCUGAGGCGUAACCAUGGAGAUGAGGACAGCAGCGGCAGCAGUGACUGUUCGUCGCAGUACCGCUGGCUGGAUGGCAGCAAGUCCACUUUUAGGAACUGGCACUGGGAUGAGCCAUCCUGCGGCUAUGAGGUGUGCGUGGUGAUGUAUCACCAGCCGUCUGCACCACCCGGAAUGGGAGGUCUCUACAUGUUCCAGUGGAAUGACGACAACUGCGAAACCAAGCACAACUUUAUCUGCAAAUACACAGCAGGGAAGUCAGCUGACCCUUCUCCACCUAACUCCACACAUGCAGACAUCUUCCCUUCAUCUGUGCCGUGGAAUCCAAGUGACCACAAUGCAAAGAAGAGCACCGCCCUAAAUGUGAUCUACAUCAUCAUUCCCACCAUCCCGCUCAUACUGCUGCUACUGACAGUGACGGGGGUCUGCUGCUUCAAAAUGCUGGUCACGCGACGGAGAAAAGAACAGAAAUCGGAGGUACCCCAGCCAGAUCCGGGCCACCGACCCAGCACGACCCCGACAGACGUCUACAACGUGAUCCGCUCCCAGAAGGACGAUGACUUGGUGUCGGCGCGCCCGCACACCAAGAAUACAUCCUUUCUGUGCUCUUCUCCUGACACCCCCACUGGGGAUUACGACAACCUGGGUGGCCGUGACACCGAGAGCGGCUUUGUGACUCUCGCCAGCACCGAGAGCUGCUUCCUCAAUUUUGACCUCAAUGACCUCAGCUUGGGCCGCCGGGGUAGCCGCGACCUCUACAACAGCAGCUUGGGUCGGCCGGCAAAGAGGGACUUGACCGACGGGGGUCUGGGUCGCCCCAGCCAGUUUUACGACAGGAGUCUCGGCCGCCGAACAACCAAAAGCGAGCAUUUUGGCUGCAGCAGGGCCUACGGGGACCACGAGCUAUAUGAAGACAGCGUGACAGCAAAGAGUGACCUCUAUGACCUCAAUGUGAAGUCUGGGGGUCACACAGUGAAGGCGGACAUGUAUCAGACGUACACCACCAAUGGCAAGAUGGAUUCUUACCAAAGCAUCCUGGGAACCUAUGGAAGCCGAAAAUCGUACCAGGCCACUCUGGAUAGUUACAGAAGUGCUCUGAAUUUUGAUGGAGGAAGAAGAUACUUCAAUGAACAACACUGGCUGGACAGUGAAAAGUACUGAUGUGUAUACUUGCGAGGUGUGUGUGUGUCUGAUGAGUCUUCAUUUAUAGGCAACAGCGCAAGGAUGGUAAAGAAGCCCCGUCCAUGUGGCUGUAAUGCUUUGUUUACAAAACCCUUUGACGCUUCAGAAAUAGACCAAACCAGACGGCCACCUUUUAGUUAGUUGGGGAGAAGUUGUUAGUUGAAUAAUGUUUGUGUAAGCUACGGACACUUUCUGGCCAAAAACAUUAGGAGCACCUGAAUCAUCUAAUCAAAUCCAAUGCAACAGCUGUAGACAAAAUUCUACCGUAGAAAAUUAUUGUAUGAAAUAAAGUUUUGAAAGUUUCCAACGUUCAAAUAAUAAUUACAAAUUAAUUACAAUUAAAAAAAAAUUUGCAAAGAAUAUUUAAUGAAAUUUCCAUCCAUCCAUCUUCUAUGCCGCUUAUCUUUUAAUGAAAUUUAAUUAGAUUAAUAAAGAAGAAUUCUUAAGUAUUGAGUUUUAUUUACAUCAUAUUUAUUAUUUAUCCCUCCAUUUUCUAUGCCGUUUCUCCUCAUUGGGAUCGCGAGGGUAUGCUGGAGCCUAUCCCAGCUGACUUCGGCCAAUCGCAGGGCACAUACAGACAAACAACCAUUCACACUCACAUUCAUACCUAUGGACAAUUUAGAGUUGCCAAUUAACCUAACAUGCAUGUUUUUGGAAUGUGGGAGGAAACCGGAGUACCCGGAGAAAACCCACGCACACACGGGGAGAACAUGCAAACUCCACACAGAAAUGCCCAAGGGAGAAUCGAACCCACGUCUUCCCGAUCUCCAGACUGUGACUGUGUGGCCAACAUGCUAACCACUAGACCACCGUGCGGCCCAUUUAUCAUUUAAUAUAAUAUAAAUAAUGUUCAAAUAAAAAUGUUGGAAAAUACAAAACCAAGUCAAAAAUGUAUUAUUAUAUCAACAUCAACAAAUGCUAUCAAGUCAUAAUUCAAACUAAGCAUAAUUCCUUCUCUGGGAAUAAUUAAUUAGGAAUACAAACUAAUGGCUAUAAAAAAGGACAAAAUAUGAGAAACAGCUGUCAGUGUGUAAAUUCAUUAAAUACAUUUAAGGAAUGCCAGCCUCUGAGUGCCAAUAAUAAAGAUAUACAGCUAUUAUUUGUACUGGACCUCAUUAGUACUGAUAAUGUUGUAUCCAAGUGGAAUCAAAUUUUACUCCCGUCGCCCGAUGAAAAUACAUGAAUGUAGAUUCAUAUUAAAUUUUUCCAUUUAAUGCUUGAACUUUUGCUGCGUGACAUGACUUUCCAUCAUUUAUACAUAAACGUUUGUUUUGUUUUUUUAACUACCCUGUCUUGCAGCAGCCUUACGGACAAGCGAGUCGUCGGAUGGAUCUAUUUCAUUGAACUCUGCGGUGUUGCAUGCACUAAAGAAGCUUAGACCUGUGGUUGAGUUUGCUUUUUACAUCAAUAAACCACAGCAAAAUGCCAACUCAUACGCUUCAAAAUAAUGGACAGAUACCUCGUCAUCACCACUUGACGUUGCACACUUAGGACACUAUUGGCAUGGAACAUCUUGACCUCUGUUGAUAUACCAGUAAUAUGACUGUAGUAAGUGCGCAUGUCAUUUGCAUGGACAUUUAACUACUAAUGUCUCACUGUUUGCUGUCUGAAAUGUUCAUUUGGUGACACAUUGGGUAAAUACUGUUUAUGCUUUAUAACUGUGCAUUGACACAACAAUAACGCAGGAAUUCUUUAAUGGCUUCCUCUUUCCCCACUGAAUCGAUGUUUUGAUUCAUGAUCCUCCCAAGUGUUGAGGUAGCACAUUAAUGACACCACAGCAUGUUAUUGAAAAGAAUGUUCAAGUAUAUUGACAUUUGUAAUGAUGUGUUAUGUCUUGAUAUGUAUUCUGCAGUUUGUAUGUUUGUUAAGUAAAUAAAUCAGA